ACUGAUUCCUAUUGCUUCACCCCAGCCUACGACAUCCUAUUGACCUGGCCUUCUGCUGUUUCUGUCUCUCCCUCUGGCCUGUAACUUUUCCAUCAUGGCAAGCACUUUUCCUAGUUCAAGACCUUCACCUCUGCUGUGCCCCCUCUCCUGACACUCAAGAUCUUUCUUUAAAACUGACCCACUCUCUUUGGUUUUAUUUGAAAUGUCAGCUCCUAAGAGACACCCCCCCACACACACACACACACACACACUCCCUUAUUCUCACUCCCCCGCCCAACACACACACUAAAUUUGAUUCUGCGAUUACUCAUCUAAUGUAAGAGCUUAUGCUUUUCCUUUUAGAAUAUCUGUGAUCAUUUGGGUUCUAGUCUUCUUAUUGAGUUAUCCAAUGAGAGUUUUUCCCACUGGCCUAUGGGAAUAUCUUUUGUUCAUCACUGCAAACAGCAGGGAUCAAAUAAGUGUACUGAGUGAAUGAAAAGGCACCCAGGAGAUGGGACUCACAUUCCUGGGGAUGGCAGCACGGUGCUGUAAUGGCUGGUUUCUGCAGGCCGGUGUGUCUGGGGCCAGGAUUCCAUCUUGUGGCGCUGGAAGCAUGGUCACUUGGAGAAAAGCUCCAGGAGAAGAGGCGCUCCAGCUGUGCUGCCUCUGCUGUGCGUCGGUCGCCGCAGCCUUAGCCAGUGACAGCAGCAGCGGCGGCGGCAGCGGAUUAAACGACGAUUACGUCUUUGUCACACCGGUAGAAGUGGACUCAGGCGGGUCAUAUAUUUCACACGACAUUUUGCACAACGGCAGGAGAAAGCGAUCGGCGCAGAGUGCCAGCAGCUCCCUGCAUUACCGAUUUUCAGCAUUUGGACAGGAACUACAUUUAGAACUUAAGCCCUCGGCCAUUUUGAGCAGUCACUUUAUUGUCCAGGUACUUGGAAAAGAUGGUGCUUCAGAGGCUCGGGGACCCAUGGUGCAGCGAUGUUUCUAUCAGGGAUUUAUCAGAAAUGACAGCUCCUCCUCCGUCGCUGUGUCUACGUGUGCCGGCUUGUCAGGUCUAAUAAGGACACAGAGAAAUGAAUUCCUCAUCUCGCCAUUACCUCAGCUGCUGGCCCAGGAACACAACUACAGCUCACCUACAGGCCACCAUGCUCAUGUACUGUACAAAAGGACAGCCGAGGAGAUGCUUCAGCGUUACCAUGGUUACCCAGGAUCCCGCUGGAAUUCUCCUGGUCACAUCCCAAGUCACACUCCCCACAUGUCUCAGAGCCAAGAAAGAGAGCAUCACCAUCGAAGGUUGCAAAAGCAGCAUUUUUGUGGACGACGCAAGAAAUAUGCCCCCAAGCCUCCCACAGAGGACACCUAUCUCAGGUUUGAUGAAUAUGGGAGCACAGGGCGGCCCAGAAGAUCAGCAGGGAAGUCACACAAGGGGCUAAAUGUGGAAACCCUUGUGGUGGCGGACAAGAAAAUGGUGGAAAAGCAUGGCAAGGCAAACGUCACCACGUACAUUCUCACAGUCAUGAACAUGGUUUCCAGCCUAUUUAAAGAUGGGACCAUUGGAAGUGACAUAAACAUUGUUGUGGUGAGCCUCAUUCUUCUGGAACAAGAGCCUGGAGGAUUAUUGAUCAACCAUCACGCAGACCAGUCUCUGAAUAGUUUUUGUCAGUGGCAGUCUGCCCUCAUGGGAAAGAACGGCAAGAGGCAUGACCACGCCAUCUUACUCACGGGAUUUGAUAUUUGUUCCUGGAAGAAUGAGCCAUGUGACACUCUAGGGUUUGCACCCAUCAGUGGGAUGUGCAGUAAGUACCGAAGUUGUACCAUCAAUGAGGACACCGGGCUUGGCCUGGCCUUCACCAUCGCGCAUGAGUCAGGGCACAACUUCGGCAUGAUUCACGAUGGAGAAGGCAAUCCCUGCAGGAAGGCUGAAGGCAAUAUCAUGUCCCCCACGCUGACCGGAAACAACGGGGUAUUUUCCUGGUCUUCCUGCAGCCGGCAAUAUCUCAAAAAAUUCCUUAGCACACCUCAGGCUGGGUGUCUGGUGGAUGAGCCCAAGCAAACAGGACAGUAUAAAUAUCCAGACAAACUCCCGGGACAGAUUUAUGAUGCAGACACACAGUGCAAGUGGCAAUUUGGAGCCAAAGCCAAGCUCUGCAGCCUUGGUUUUGUGAAGGACAUUUGCAAAUCUCUUUGGUGUCACCGAGUGGGCCACAGGUGUGAGACCAAGUUUAUGCCCGCGGCGGAAGGGACCCUCUGUGGCUUGAGUAUGUGGUGUCGGCAAGGCCAGUGUGUGAAGUUUGGGGAGCACGGGCCCCGGCCUGUCCACGGCCAGUGGUCUGCCUGGUCCAAGUGGUCAGAGUGCUCCCGGACGUGUGGUGGAGGAGUCAGGUAUCAAGAGAGACACUGCAAUAACCCCAAGCCUCAGUACGGUGGCAAGUUCUGCCCAGGUUCUAGCCGUAUUUAUCAGCUGUGCAAUAUUAACCCUUGUAAUGAAAAUAGCUUGGACUUUCGAGCCCAGCAGUGUGCAGAAUACAACAGCAAACCUUUCCGUGGAUGGUUCUACCAGUGGAAACCCUAUACGAAAGUGGAAGAGGAAGAUCGAUGUAGACUGUACUGCAAGGCUGAGAACUUUGAAUUUUUUUUCGCCAUGUCCGGCAAGGUGAAAGAUGGAACUCCCUGCUCCCCGAACAAAAAUGAUGUUUGUGUUGAUGGGAUUUGUGAACCAGUAGGAUGUGAUCAUGAACUUGGCUCUAAAGCAGUUUCCGAUGCAUGUGGUGUGUGCAAGGGUGAUAAUUCAACUUGCAAGUUUUAUAAAGGCCUGUACCUCAACCAGCAUAAAGCAAAUGAAUAUUAUCCAGUGGUCGUCAUUCCAGCGGGGGCCCGAAGCAUUGAAAUCCAGGAACUGCAGAUCUCCUCCAGUUACCUCGCAGUCCGAAGCCUUCAUCAAAAGUAUUACCUAACGGGGGGCUGGAGCAUCGACUGGCCUGGGGAGUUCCCAUUUGCAGGGACUGUGUUUGAAUACCAGCGCACCUUUAACCGCCCAGAACGUCUGUAUGCACCAGGACCCACGAAUGAGACACUGGUCUUUGAGAUUCUGAUGCAAGGAAAAAACCCGGGGAUAGCUUGGAAGUACGCGCUUCCCAAGGUCAUGAAUGGAACCCAGCCAGCCCCGAGAAGACACAGCCACGCCUGGAGUACGGUGCAGUCCGAUUGCUCCGUGUCCUGUGGUGGAGGUUACAUAAGUGUAAAGGCCAUUUGCUUACGAGAUCAAAAUACUCAAGUCAAUUCCUCAUUCUGCAAUGCAAGAACCAAGCCAGCAACUGAACCCAGAGUAUGCAAUGCUUUCUCCUGCCCUGCCUACUGGAAACCAGGCGAAUGGAGUGUAUGCAGCAGGCCGUGCGCGCGGGGCCAGCAGAGCCGGAAAGUCCAGUGUGUUCAAAAGAAGCCCUUCCAAAAGGAGGCGGCCGUGCUGCACUCGCUCUGCCCAGUGAGCACACCCACUCAAGUUCAAGUCUGCAACAGCCAUGCCUGCCCUCCAGAGUGGAGCGCCGGGCCCUGGUCUCAGUGUUCCAAGACCUGUGGGCGAGGGGUGCGGAAACGUGAGAUCCUGUGUAAGCGUCCGGCCACUGCAGAGGACCUCCCUGACACCCUGUGCUCCAGCAGCCCCAGACCAGAGUCACAGGAGGGCUGUGUCCUAGGACGAUGCCCCAAAAACAACCGGCUACAGUGGGUCGUCUCGUCAUGGAGUGAGUGCUCCGCGACCUGUGGUUUGGGUGUGAGGAAGAGGGAAGUGACAUGCAGCGAGAAGGCCUCCCAGGGAAAGCUGAUAACUUUCCCAGAGCGAAGAUGCCGCAAUAUUAAGAAGCCAAACCUGGACUUGGAAGAAGCCUGCAACCGAGGGGCCUGUCCAGCCCAUCCAGUGUACAAUGUGGCCGCUGGAUGGUAUUCGUCACCAUGGCAACAGUGCACGGUGACCUGUGGAGGAGGGGUUCAGACCCGAUCCGUUCACUGUGUUCAGCAGGGCCGGCCCUCCUCAAAUUGUCUGCUCCGACAGAAACCUCCAGUGCUACGAGCCUGUAAUACAAACUUUUGUCCAGCCCCUGAAAAGAGAGAGGACCCAUCCUGUGUCGAUUUCUUCAGCUGGUGUCAUCUCGUGCCCCAACACGGUGUCUGCAACCACAAAUUUUAUGGUAAACAGUGCUGCAAGUCCUGCACAAGGAAGAGCUGAUGCCCGCCCAGCUCCUCGGGGCCCAGGUCUCACCUUUCAGCCUCUGGAGGCACCAGCAGCUCACAUGCAGUGUGCAGUGUUUGAGGAGCCGGCUCUGAAGAACAGACAGGCUUCUGAUUCGGUUCCCCAAAGCACAUGGUACCCUAAAGCACUUGAAAAUGGGAAGCGAUGACAAAUCUGACUUACAGACAAACAAAACAUUGAUUUGCACUGUUACGCGAAAGAAGUGAUGAACCACACUGAGAUACGUCAACUUUGGGACAGAUCCCCCUCUGACUUUGACAGGGCUCCAUGGCAAAGACCUCUGUUUGAAAAGGUCCUUUAAGACUUCAGGUCCAUAGGCUGAGGGUUGGAGGAAGCAAAUAUGGAGGUUAACGUUGACUUGGAGCUCACAGUUUGACUGCAACUGUGGACACCCCAAACCAGGAGUUACACAAGAAGCCAAAUGGUGCUCACAAUUGUGCUUGCUGCUGGACUAGCAAGCCUCAUGUUAUGUUUAUUCAGUGUGCGUGUGUUGUUUUUAUUAUGUUUUUAAGGUAUAUUCUGCUUACAGAAAGUCUCCAAGACUAAAAUUCACAACUUGAAAAGUGUCCCAAGGAAUAUUCUGAACACAGGGCAACAUGGACUACUUAAGAUCUCCGUUUAAUUGAAAUUCACACUCUGAAAAAAAAAAAAAAGCUCAUAAGAAAGGCAACUAUUGGUGCUCUACACAUUAUAUCAACCUCAUAACUUUUGGUGCUAGCUGAACAAGUAGACAGGAUGCUCAAGUCUGCUCUUUGGGAAUCGGAAUGGGUGAGAUAUCCAUUCCUGGUAAAAAUCCAGAAGGAGUUAAAUAGCAAAAUGUCAGUGUGCUGGAGGAAAGGAGACCAUCAUUUGUAAUGCUUCCUACAUAUUAUCAGAGCUGCUUGGAAAAUUAAAGGCCACUUGUGGUGGUUUCCUACCAACUGACAUGUUUAAAUUUGCCCUAGGAUUUAGUUAACAAGGAAAAAAGUCAUAGUGGCAAUAGAAAAACCCGUCUGUCUUCCUGCUAUGUUAAUAUUAAUAAAUCAUAAUAUGCCAAGACCCUUCAAUGAGUAAGUAUUUUACCAUCUUUCAGAUGAUAUUUUCAGUCUUCAAAAGCCAGUUGUUGGUUGGCACUAAUGAGCUUAAAAUUGUUCUCAAUUGGAAAAACACCACACUAUUUUGCCAAAACCAAAGUCACUUACAAGACUGUCCUUCUGUAGUUUUUUUGAGAUGUGGUUAUAAAAGACAUAUUUAUAGAAUUCUACUCUAUUCCUCAACUUCUUUGAUGAAAGUAACCCAGUUUUACUGCUUUAAAAAGUCUCAAUUCAAACAGGGAUUUGCCAGCUCAGCACAACCAACUACACAGUGGUUUGUUAAAUUUAGAGCAUCCUUUGUUCCCAUUCUAAUUAAAAUCAUGUAUUCUGGAGUCGUAGAGAAAUCAUUAGAAUAUUCCUUCAACCUACUUGUCUUGGCCUAGAGUAGUGGUCAUUUUAUCAUCGGAAAAAAGUUCCACAUCAUCACCCCUUGCCCCCUGAAAAAAUUGCAAGUUAUUUGUACUUUAUAUAAUUAUCAUUUUAUUAUUUUAUGGAAAAAUUAAUUUAUUAAUUAAUAGCCUAUUAUGUGUUCUCACUUGCUUCUCUGAGUGAUAUUAAUUCUGAGGAAAAGUGUUGAAUAAAACCAUGAGUUAUAGAGAAAAGUCAAAAUAUAUGUAAUAUUUAAUUAUUUUAUAAGUUUUAUAAUAAAGUGUUCUGUUUCUUUAUCUUUGAAA